CUCUGGUCACACUCGAACGUGCUGCUUCUUCCUGCCCUGCUGAACUCGUCUUUUGUGUCGCGUUAAAUAGAACGAGAAAAACCCCUUUUCGUCGGUUCAAAGGCUGUGGAAUAGGGAAAAUCGGUGAAAAAUCAACCCGGAUUCGGAGUGCACAACCAGGAUGGCGAGGCAGCAUUAGAACCAAAUCGCUUUUCACUCGAUAUUCGAGGCAGUGCGAGCCAACGUUGGCAACCCAAAUAUCGUCGUUAAUAAUAAACAACACCAACAGCAGCAGCAGCCGAAGCAGCAGCAGCCGUUGAGCCAGCAUAAACAGCGGAAAUAUGUACAACAACGGGGCCAGGGGCUUCUCCAUACACGACGCCUUCGAGGAGGAGACGGACGAGGCGAUACGUGUGUAUGGAUCCACUGUGAUAUCCACGCCCAUGCGGGGCGGAAAGCAAGGUCGCUCCACCGAAGACGUCUCCAUUCGCAUCCAGGAUCCAAAGGGCUACAAGUAUGCCGAGGACACAACGUCCCGGGACAGUGACUCGCUCAUCCAGGAGUACGGCAACCUGCCCACGGAGGAGACCAACACAUACUGCUGGCGGCAUCCAAAGGUGCGCGAGAACUGGCGCACAGUCCUGGCCGCCUUCACGCUCCUUGUCAUCGGCACUGGCCUGUUCGUGAUGGGCACCUUCGCCAUUGCCGAUCCGCAGAACACAUCGCAGGGAGUUGUGUUUUUUGUGGCCGGACUUAUCUGCUUCAUUCCGGGGGCCUAUCACGUUGUCUACAUCUGGCUGGCGGCCAAAGGAUAUCGAGGGUUUGACUUCUAUCACCUGCCACUCUUUACAUAAGCGUCGAUAAGCGAAGAGUGCUCUGGUUGAUCCAGGAGACAAGUAGCAAAACCUAAAACGGAGAGAGGGAGACCCCUAUCCACCCUAUAUACAUCCAUGUGUUUGUUUAUAUUUGUAUAAACAACUUAUUUUCUAUAAAUUAAUCGUAAAUAACCCGAAACCGAA